AAUAUCAUUGACCUCUUGCAUAUUACAGCUUUCAGGUCAUAAUCGCAAAGGCAAACGUGAAUACAAUAGAUAUGGCUCAUGCAAGUGUGGCUUCUCUUAUGAGAACAAUCGAAUCACUCUUGACAUCCAAUUCACCAAUGCAAUCUCUAACCUGUGAUCACAGUGAAGACUUUUCUGCUCUUCAUGAAAAGAUUAGUUCCCUGGAAGUAGUUGUCGAGAACUUUGAGAAAAACAAUGUUUCUGGGGAAAUGACAGAUUUGGAAGUACAGAUGAAAGAAGUUGUAAAUAUUGUUGAACAAACAAUUCAGCUAAGAGUAACUGAAGUUUUUUUGGCAAAUGAUGAAAAUCUGAGAGUAAAGGCAGAAGAGAGGCUUUCUGAUAGCCUGCAACAAGUAGCAGAGGACAUUGAUAGUAUCUGGAAAGAGUCGACAAAUAUUCAAUACAAAGGAAAACAAGUAUCAAAGGAAUCAUUGGUUCAUGAUUUUUCAAGUUCAACAAAUGAUAUUUUUAAGGUUAAGAACAAUAUGGUUGGACGUGAUGAUCAAAGGAAACGGUUGUUAGAAGAUCUGACUAAAAGUUACUAUGAUGAACCCAAAGUCAUCCCAAUUGUCGGGAUGGGAGCCAUAGGUAAAACAACCUUAGCGAACGAAGUAUACAAUCAUGAAUCAAUUCUAUGCCGUUUUGAUGUUCGUGCCUGGGCUACUAUAUCUCAACAACACAACAUAAAGGAAAUUUUGCUGAGUCUUCUGCGAUCGAUGAUCGAAAUGGAUGACACGGUUGAGAUAAAAGGUGAAGCAGAGCUAGCAGAUAUGUUGCAGAAAAGAUUAAAAGGUAAGAGAUAUUUAAUUGUAUUGGAUCACAUGUGGAAAAGUGAAGCAUGGGAUGCCGUGAGACUAUGUUUUCCAAGUGAAAAAAAGGGGAGUGGAAUAUUGUUGACGACCCGUAACACUGAAGUAGCUCGCGAUGCUGGGACAGAGAAUCUUUCUUUGCAGAUGGGCUUCAUGGAUCAACAUGAGAGUUGGAACCUUUUUAAAAUUUCCGCAUUUUCUAAUGAAGCAUUACCAUAUGAGUUUGAGACUAUUGGGAAGCAAAUAGCAGACGAAUGUCACGGGUUACCACUAACUAUUGUUGUGGUUGCUGGACUUGUCAAAUCUAAAAGGGAAAUAGAAGAUUGGAAAAGUGUUGCGAAAGAUGUCAGGUCAUUUGUCACAAAUGAUCCUGAUGAACGACAUUCACGUGUGCUUAGGUUGAGUUACAAUCACUUGACUAGAGAUCUAAAGACUUGUCUACUGCAUUUUGGAAUUUUUCCAGAAGACAGUGAGAUACCAGUGAAGAAUUUGAUGAGAUCAUGGAUGGCUGAGGGGUUCCUAAAGUUGGAAAAUGAUUUGGAAGGAGAGGCCGAGAAGUGUUUGCAAGAGCUUGUCGAUAGAUGUCUAGUCCUCGUCUGCAAGAAAAGUCUAGAUGGAACAAAAAUUAGAUCAUGUAAAGUUCAUGAUCUAAUAUAUGACCUGUGCUUGAGAGAAGUUCAAAGGGGAAAUGUUUUUAUCAUGAACGACAUUUUCCUUGACGUAUCAGAUUCAGAAUGUCGAUAUCUCAGUAUGAAAAAAAUGCAACCCUUUAAACGCGUAACUAGUGAUGAAAUUUAUUAUUGUUCCUUUGGUCUUUAUAGA